AUGCUGGCGGGCGCCAGGCUCCAGCGGCGGCGGCGGCAGCUGCAGCAGCCUCAGCAGUCCCGGCGGCGGCAGGCUUUCCCGUGGCCGAUGAAUGCAGACCCGCCGCCACCGCCCUGGGUUUGGAUGGUCCCUGGCUCCACCGGGCUGCUCCGGCUCGGCGCCGGGGUCGCGCCCCCGCCGGUGCUACUGGCUUCGGCGCAGCCCGCCGCCGCCCCGCUGCUUGCGCGGUUGCCGGGCUGGCCAGCCCCGGGCGAGCCCCUGCUGCCUCUGCUGCCGCUGCCCUCUGCGCCAGACCACGCCGUGCACCAUUAUCCCCUGCUCCCCGGACAGUGGCUGUUUGGUGGUCAUUCUCCAUCCAUAGGACUAUCCCCCUCCUCUGCUGUGGAGUUGGUGCCCCUUUUCCCACAUGUCUGCCCUUCUGCUCUGCCACCUCCUGUUGGGAAAAGCUGGGUAGACAAGAGGAUGCCUAAUUACAAGAUCUUCUUAAACAAUUCCUUUGCUCUGGACUCCACGUGGAUAUAUCCCGAGGGAUCAGGACUCUUCCACAGCCAUGAAAAACCUCACUUUCUGGCAAACCAAGUAACUCCAUCUCUGUCUAGGCCAGCUCCUGCCUCCAGGCCUCUCCCCACUGUGGUAUUAGCAGCUCAACCAAUACCAGGUGGUUGCCAUAACAGCCUUAAGCCAAUCAGCAGUGGUCCCACCAUCACCAUCACUGCCGCCGCCGCUGCUGCCGCAGCUGCUGCCAUGGUCUCCGUGGACCCUGAGGAACUCCGGGGCCUCUCACCCUCCAUUGUGCAGCCCUGCCAUUUCCUGACAUUGACUCCCAUCAGAAUCCCCCUCCGGACCGCCCCCUUCUCAGAGAGGCAGGGUGAGAGGGGCCGCGCACCCCGUCCUCCUGCGCUGAUGCUACGUGCCCCAGAGAGGAAAAGCCUGGCAGGAGACAAAGAGGACAAGGAGCCCUCGCCCAUCCUGGUAAGAGGGGAGGAGACUGCAGCAAAAGGCAAUAGACCUGUGGCCUCCACGCCUGUGCCCGGAUCCCCCUGGUGUGUGGUCUGGACAGGGGAUGACCGGGUUUUCUUCUUCAACCCGACCAUGCAGCUGUCAGUCUGGGAGAAGCCCAUGGACCUGAAGAACCGUGGGGACCUCAAGAGGAUCAUCGAGGACCCGCCCCACAAACGCAAGUUGGAGGCCUCAGCAACUGAAAGCAGCGAUGGAUCCAGUUCAGAAGAUGGCAGUGAGGACCAAAGUGUGAAAACUAAGAGGAAUAGGACUGAAAGCUGUGAGAGCCCUGGACCAGAGGAGACCCAGCAAGUAGACAAGGGGCCACAGACGCCACCCCUACAGAUUCUCCUGCCCCUGGAGGAGCGUGUGACCCAUUUCCGAGACAUGCUGCUGGAGAGAGGGGUGUCAGCAUUUUCUACUUGGGAGAAAGAACUGCAUAAAAUUGUGUUUGACCCACGAUAUCUCCUGCUAAACUCCGAGGAACGCAAGCAGAUAUUUGAACAGUUCGUCAAGACAAGAAUAAAAGAAGAAUACAAGGAAAGGAAAAGUAAAUUGCUGCUAGCCAAAGAAGAAUUCAAGAAACUUCUAGAAGAAUCUAAAGUAUCACCCAGGACCACAUUUAAAGAGUUUGCUGAGAAGUACGGCCGGGAUCAGAGGUUUCGGCUUGUUCAGAAGCGGAAGGAUCAGGAGCACUUUUUCAACCAGUUCAUACUUAUUCUAAAGAAACGGGACAAGGAAAACAGACUCAGGCUCCGGAAAAUGAGAUGA